ACCACCAAGUGGUUAGCACUUGCCCAGCGGUGUGUGGAGGAACUUGACUUGGAGCUGCUUGGCUGCUCCCUGGGCUCUCGAGUCGGCUCCACUUUCAGUGGCCAAAAGCGGCCAUGGGAUCUUCCUCGUUGUUGGCCGGUCGGUCGGUCGCUUUUGUUUCCGUCAGCCAAAAUCACUGCCACUAAAAAUAGACAACAAUUAAAUGCAAAUCAAUGCAUUGAUUUUCGCCAAUACACAGUAGGCAAGAGAUACUUUGCAACACAAAAAGCACUUUUCCCUGUACUUGGCACACCCAUUUGGUAAACCCCUUGACAUUGUCCCUGUAUCCGCAUCCGUAUUUGUUGCCAAAUUAUCGGCUAUAAAAGCAAGUGAUCAACUCGAGCAGCGCCAGACGAUAAAGUACCUACCGUCCGUUUCAACCGGCUUGGGAUUCAGUUUCAUCUUACCAGUUUCUAGGGGCCACACUUACUGUUGAGUACGCCACAAUGUUCGACUCAAAGAUUAAGGUGCCCAAGUACGACUCGGAUGCAUUCGACAAUGUCGAGUACGAGCUGCAGAUGACGUACACCCUGGAGACGGAUCGCCGGAUCAUGAGCUUCUACGACGCCAUGUGGGGCAUGGAGGUCACUGGCGGCAUUGACCAGUUCGAGCCGCUGACCAUUAUAAAUGUAACGCCCUCUGGUCUGGCAAAAAGAGGAGGAAUGCGAGUGGGCGACGAGAUCACCCAGAUAAAUAAUACGCCGGCCCUGGAGAUGACCUUCAAUGAGGCCCUGCAAAUGUUCCGACAGAAUUCGCGUUACGUUCGCGUCUACGUAAUGGGCGAUGACGACGCACCCGGUGAGGAGGACUGGACCUGCGAUUGCUGGUUUAAGCCCAGAAAGCCGUGGCGUCGUGACUUCACACCCAUUCAGUGGACGUUCCCCUGGAACGAUCGUCGCAAGCCCGUGUACAAGGAGUCCAACUGCUUCAUGGUGCCAAGCAAAAUGGAGGAGAAGAUUCGGGCGCGUCGUGCGGCCACCUCAGCUGUUCACAAGAAGGAUGAACUGGCUCCACACACCCGCUCCCUGACGCCCACACCCAGGCCGAAGAAUCAACCAGGUCCGAAUCUUCUCGAGACAGUGCUCAGGCCCCGUGGACCACCGCCAAGGGAUUAGGGACAUCAAUCUAAUCCGUAAGAUGAUGCUGACCAAGUCACAAGGAGUUGCAGGCAGCGCUGAAUCCGCUGCAGUGCAUCAGGACCUUCAAGGAUUACUCACUCAAAAGAAGGCAGACAGCUAAAUAUACAGUUGAGUGCCAUGCAAUUGCUGAGAAACGAUUUCGAAGAGGUUUCUUCCAAGAACCGUGUCUUAAUCCUGCCCAGAAAUAAGCAGAAAAUCUAAUUAAUAGAGAAUAUUUAUGUUUAACCAUAGCUGGCAGGCAUCUGUAGAAAACAUUUGCAGUGCUUUGGGCUCGAAAUUUUGAACCAUGUUCUAAGGGAACUCUGUAAAACUGCUAACUAUGAGUAUGGUAAAACGAUUUCGAAAAUUAUUCUUAAAGGAUACUGUCGAAUAUAAACUACCUCCGCUGUGUUAUAGAAAAUAAAUAAAGAACAAUUUAAACCUCCAAAAAGCUUAA